AUGUCAGUGAGAGCUAGGAGGAUUGUUUCUGGUAGGUCAGAGACUGUAGCAGCUAAUUACGCGUUCGAUCCGUUGGAAGAUGACAAAAUUAUACGAAACAGGCUUCUCACACGCACGACCACCACGAGAGGAGAGCCACCAUUGAAGAAGCUUCAGAAGAAAUUCACGUCUUUCGUUAUCGAAGUAGAUAAAGAAGAAGAUAACUUCAACGAGUGCGGUAGGCUUGCGAAAGCUUUCUUACAGGAACUUUCCGCUUUUGAGAUUCCGCUUCUUAAGAGCCAAGCGGUUGUUGCUUCGAAUCUUAGGGAGAAAGAGAACUUUAACGAGCUUAAAGAUGAGACGAAUAGGCAGAUAAUGCAGGCUCAAGCUGAUAUAGAAGAUCUUAAGAAACAGCUUGAAGAGAGUAAAAUAGAGAGACAGCAUAAAGAGGAGUGUGAAGCGAUUAGGAAACUUAUCUCUGCGCAACCACCGAGGUCAGAGACACAGAAGGUUAUACAUGAAUUGAAGAAGGAGAUUGCAGAACUGGAGGCUGAGAAUACAGCAAGUUGGAGACUUCUUGAGCUGAGGAAGAAGCAGUUUGCUUUGUUGUUGCAUGUGGUGGAUGAGUUGCAGGAGACAAUGGAGGAUGAACAGAAGAGUAUGGUGGAGGAAAUGCAGAGGAACGUUAGCGAGGAAACAACUGCUGGUGGCGCUGAAGCCAUGUCCAUCAAUUAG